UGACGCAGAGAGCUUCUGCUAGGCCAUUAAGAAAAACAAAAUGUCGCAAGAAGAAAAGGGACAGGCAAUGGCAAAACCCUCCAUAACAAAUCAUCAUCUCCCAGAAUCAUUCUGUGGCUCAAUGAAAAUCUCCAAGGAUGUUCCUUCUCAAUCUGUGAUUGCGAUCAAAGAUAUGUUUGGAGACGUAGAAAUCUCGGGUCCCGUCCCAGAAAAUUGCAACACAAAGGAGUUCUACUCCGACCUGAUCCGCGGCCACCUCAAGCCCCAACGAGUCGUUCGUGGCCGAGUCACCUGUCUCCUCACGGUCACACCCGCUAUCACUAAUGUCUAUCGAACAGUACAUGGAGGGGCUAUUGCGGCUAUUGCUGAGAUGAUGUCAAUUGCUUCUGCUCGAACCGUGGUGGCCGAGGAUAAGGAACUCUUUCUUGGGGAACUCAGCAUGUCAUAUCUCUCCGGUGCUCGAAAUAACGAGGAGGUGAUUGUUGAUGGGUCCGUCGUGAGGAGCGGAAGAAAUUUGAGUGUAGUUGCAGUAGAGUUCAAACUGGAGAAAACUGGGCAGUUGAUCUACACUGCUCGGGCCACCUUCUAUCACAUGCCGGUUGCCAAGUUGUGAAGCCUUUGUGGUUCAAUAUCUUUGAGGCUUAUGCAUCUUAAUUCUUAACGUUGUAUGGAAAAUUGUUAACUAAAUGUUUUAAGUUUAUUAUUGAGAAAUAGUAAAUAAAAUAUAUGUCAA